AUGACAAGUCUGCUUGGGGCCUUCCGGCUCUCGAAGGAGGAGGUCAAGCUCGCGAAACCACCUGGAACAUCGACACUAGUUGAACAUCUCGAAUGGACAGCAUCCCAACAAGGUCACGAUGAGAUCCGCCUCGUACCGCAACCAUCGGCCGAUCCCAUGGACCCUCUCAAUCUUCCAUGGUGGCAGAAGAUGGCCAUGUUGAUCACCUUGUCGAUUCAUCCUUUUGUCGUCAACGUUACGGCAUCGUCUAUGGGUAGUGCGCUUCCCGUUUACGCAGCGGCGCCUGUAUUUGGACCCAUUCCUGUGCCAUUUGCGCGAUUAGGGUACCUCAUCGCUGUCAACGUCCUACUCAUCGGAGUGUCCAACUUGUUUUGGGUUCCUCUUGCAAACACUUUUGGUCGUCGCAAUAUCAACCUCAUCAGUUUGGCGAUACUCAUCGUCUCGAGUGCUUGGGCUGGGUUAGCCACAAGCUUCAAUAGCCUUUUGGCAGCUCGUGCUAUUAUGGGUAUUGGAGCGGGUCCUGCAGAUGCUGUAACCCCUGACGUGUUGGGCGAGAUCUUCUUCAUUCACCAACGCGGACGAGCAAUGGCUGUCUACACCAUGGCGUUGACUUUGGGCGCCGGCGGUGGCGGAUUGUUUGGAGGCUACAUUGCUUUCAACCUCGGCCUAUCAUGGAUUCACUGGAUAAACGUCAUCAUUUGCAGCGUUACCUUCGUUCUCGUUUUGCUUUUUCAGGCUGAAACACUCUACGACCGCCAUCAAACAACUAUCGAGGUCCCCAGAGGAGAUGCGGAUGAUACGGAUAAGCCAGAGGUGGACAGGAAAGAAAUUAUUGUGCUAGCCGAGUCCGCACCGCCUUCCUCAUACCAACCGUACUCGUACAUGCGUUCCUUGAAGCUUUGGACUUACCGCCCUGGACUCGGCCACAGGCUGAUGUCGCCUUACAAAGUCGCGAGGUAUCCCGGUGUCUGGUUGGUUACUCUCUGGUACAGUGGUCUUGUUGGUCUCGUGGUUACGAUGAGUACCAUUGGUCCUUCGCUGCUUGCUGCUCCACCGUACCUAUGGGGCAAGAAUAUUGGUCUAGUCAACAUUGGCGCCAUUGUCGGCGCAAUACUCGGUGCUGCCUACACCUACCUUGUCACAGAUUGGUCGACUAAGCGUGCGGCUCAGAAAGACCGAGACGGAUUCGCAGAGCCCGAAACUCGUCUCAUCAGCGCACUUCCUGCACUUUUCCUCGCCACAGCUGGCGCCCUUGUCUACGGCUUUGUUGGCCAGAACCCUUCCAGGCUCGGUUGGGUUGGUCUCAACGUCGGUCUCGGCAUGGUAAAUUUCGGACUUGCGCAGGUGCCUUCAGUGGGCUUCAACUACGUGAUGGAAUCGUACAGCUCUCAGGCUGGAGAUUGCUUCGUCUUCAUCACAUUUGCGAGAGGUAUCGUGGCCUUUGCCUUCUCUUUCUUCGUGGGCGAUUGGGUCGCUAUGAGCGGUGUUGCGGAGCCCUUUGGUAUUUUUGCCAUGCUCAUGGGGGUUUUCUCGCUGCUCACUAUUCCUGUGAUCUUGUAUGGCAAGCGACUCAGGCUUUGGACUGCGAAGUGGGUACCUGAAGGGACUGCUAUGUAA